AUCCUAUGUUCACCAAACUCGCCAUGUCCUCUGCAUGCCACCAACAAGUAGACAGACAGACCGAACGCCUCAACCAAGUUGUAGCGCAACUCCUCCGUGCUGCAUGCAAGGAUAACGUCACUAAUUGGAACUUACACCUACUCUUUCUGGGGUUCGCCUAUAACAACGCCACCCAUGCCGCUAAAGGACCGACACCAUUUUCGAUCUGUUACAGACGCAAACCGCCCACAACACAAGAACAGACAGCCUUUUCUCUUUGAAGCACAAGUCAUCCUCACAACCUA